UCCGUGUGUGUGUGAGCGGGAGAGAGCAAGAGGGAGUGCUGAAAAGCUUUCAGAACUUCGGCGCACACACACCACUGUGCAAAAUCAGUUGUAGAAAAAAGGGAAAGAGACAGACAGACGGAGGUUGUUGUUUGGAAAAACUGCAUAUUUUUUAUUUCAUUCUGCUCCUCCCCUCUUCUCUCUCGGCAUCUCUCUCUCCCACGCUACCGAGAAGAGAGCAGAGGCUUCAGCUCCCUGGAACUCUCCACUACUCCUAAGGGAGGUCAUGGAUGGACUGCGAUUACCUCCACUCAUUGAGGAUGCACUGGAAUCUACAGAUGAGCCCUGUGGAGAUCUGAAAGCGGAGAGCAGCCCCAGCCUGAGCCCCAGCAUGGACAAUGAGAUCACCGCCAAGGAGAGAGGAGUACUGGAGAACAACGAAAAGGAGACAAUGGACAGAGAUCAGGAGGAGGAGGAGGAGAAGGGGAGGAGGGAGCAGCAGGAGCCCCUGUCUGAGGAGCAGGAGCUGGAGGAGUUGAGGAGCCAGGUGCUGCAGCUCCUUCUGGAGUUAGAGGAGGCCAGGGAAAUGUCCAACAAACACCAGGAGGCCUUCCACGAGCUACAGGGUCUGCUGGAGGAUGAGCGUCUGGCCAGUGCCCACCAGGCAGAAGCCUUUGCACGACAGGUCCACAACCUGCAAGCCCAGCUGCGUUCAGUACAGGAGGAGAUGGACUCUCUAGAGGAGGAGAAGGAGAGUGAGCUGACUGAGUCUCACGAGGAGCUACGCCUCGCCCAGGAGGAGGUUCUGCUUCUGCAGCAGGCAGCUGAGGAGGCAGCGGCCGAGAGGGAGAACGACAUUGCGUCCCUGCAGGAGGAGCUGUGUCGCCUCCGGGCCCAGCUGGGGAGGCUCAACGAUGAGGCGCAGGAGUACGAGCUGGAGAUCACCACACUGAGAGCAGAGAUCAGCAUGAAGAGUCAAAGGAGGGAGGAAGAGAGGAAAGGAGGUGAUGUAGGUACACUGAGGCAGGAGUGUGUCACUUUGAGGGAGGAGUGUGAGACUCUGAAGGACGACAACAGACGCCUGACUGAGAAACUACAGCUCCUCCAACUACAGAGGACAGGCUCCAACAGCGUAUAUCUGUCCCUGAAGGAUGGUGAGAUAGCUGGUACAGGAGUGGGGGUGGGCACAGAGGAGGGGGGCAUGGCGGAGAGCUAUAUGACCAUGGUCGAGUGCCAGUCUACGAGCCCAGGCACCAACUGCCGCCUUGUGGACGCCUCCAUCCAGAAGAACAUUUCGUUCGAUGGGAAGCCCAUGACCCCCACCGGCUGGAAUGGAGGAUUUGGGGAGAUCUUCUCACUGAGGGACCAGCUGAAACAGGCUGAGGAGAAGGCCUUGCUGGUACAGAGACAGUGUGAUGGGUUGAAGACGGAGCUGCGGGAACUGCAGGAACUGUAUGACUGCAGCCAGAGGGAGAGGGCUGAAUUGGAGGAGGAGCUACUGCACUGCAAGGCAGAGCUCGAGAGGUUGGCUGGAGGGUGGCAGAGCAACCUCCAUUCGUCUGAGUCCCCUGUUCUCUCCAUCCCCUUCAUAGGAAUGAUUGUAAUAUUGGGAGUGGUUUGGUGCUGGUUGUCCGAGCUGGCGUUCCAGAAAGCAAGGGGAGUGAUAUAGAAUGGAACCCUAUUCUGACAGUCACCUCAGCAACAGCUGCGCUUCUGAUCAUGGUUAGCUUGUUGAGAGCCUUGACCUGAUGUUGAGCAGAAAGACAACAACUGUAUACGGACAAAGACAGUGAUGUCUGCUUAUAGACCGCUACCUUCCAUUCUACCCUCCUAUCACGUCUAUCUGGGACCCUACCAGGGCGCCAACAACAGAUCAGACACCAUUCCUCUAAUUCAUAGCUUGGAAGCAGCAAAAUAUAUUUAACUAUUCAGAAAAACACAGGAUUUGUGAAAGGAAUGUUCUGAAAUUGGUAGAUAAAGUGAUGUGCUGCCACAGCUUUUCAGAUGAAAACAGAUGGAUUCAUUUUCUCCCCUGUUCUGGGGAACACAUGUCAAGACUUAUUAAGAGAGUGUCUUCGUGAAGCUAAGAAGAGAGUGUGAAUACAUAGUUUCAAUGGGAGAGUACCUGUUGAGCCUAAAUCUAUGUCUACUCCUGUCGUAUCCUAUUCCUUUCCUGUCUCUCUGUUGAUUUGCUUAAGUCCUCCUGAGUUUGAAUGUCCAGUAUUAUUCUUAUACAACACUCACCUUGUCUUUCUACAUUAAUUUAUUAUGCUACUAUCAAUGUUGAGUCCUCUAUUGAUUUGCCUUUGUGAUUAGUUCUCUUUAACAAUAGCAACCUCUGCAUCUUGCACAAUUGCUGAAUAAAGCUCUUUAACUCAUGAUAUUGUAAAUAAGUACUAACAGAAAUGUUCUUCAAAUAUAAUUAUAUCUAUGUGUACUGAAUUAUUUAAAGCGCCUGUCGAACUCAUUCCACGGAGGACCAAGUGUCUGCAGGUUUUCGCCCUUGUACUAAUUCGUAAGCAACUCCCCUCACUUGGUUGUCUAGGCAAUAUUUUAAAAAAUAACAAAGACAAUCGGCACUCCGUGAAAUGAGUUUGACACCUCUGAUUUAAAGGAAUAUGUCAAAUACAUGAAAUAAUGAUGUAUUUUGAAUAGCUUGUGUCUUGUGAAUAGCUAAAACCCUAGGGAUUUCUCUGAAUUAAAGUGAAAUUAGUCAUGAAGGUCUAGUCUAGAGUGGCAGAUACUUUCCCCUAAAGGCAAUAACUAAUUUAUAACACAUACACUAUGUUCUCAUCAAUUAUACACUGUUGUGAAAAAGUUUUUGCCCCCUUUCUGAUUCUCUACUUUUGCAUAUUUUUGAUACUGAAUGUUAUCAGAUCUUCAACCAAAACCUAACAUUAGAUAAAGACCUGAGUGAAUGAAUAACGCACCAAUUACAUACUUAUUUCAUAAACAAUGUUAUGCAACACCCAAUAGGUGAAAAAGUAGUUGCCCCCCUUACGCUCAAUAACUGGUUGUGCCACCUUUAGCUGCAAUUACUCCACCCAAACGUUUCCUGUAGUUGUUAGGCCAUUCUACAAAUGUCACUGAGUUAAAGCAGAUCUGCAUGGAAGUGUGGGACAAGAUUCUUUCACAGUGAAGUGAGAGACUGAUCAACAACUACAGGUAGUGUUUGGUUGUAGUCAUUGUAGCUAAAAGUGGCACAACCAGUCAUUGAGUGUAAGGGGUCAGUUAUUUUUUCACACAGGGGAACUGGGUGUUGCAUAACUUUUGUAAUUAAAUCAUUAAAAUAUGUUUGUUAUUUGUAAGCUCAGGUUCCCUUUAUCUAAUAUUAGGUUUUGGUUGAAGAUCUGAUAAUAUUCAGUAUAAAAAAAUAGGCAUAAGUAGAGAAAAUCAGAGGGGCAAAUACUUUCACGGCACUCUACAUGUACAUUUACUUAAAAAUAUAAAAAUCAUUCCACUCGUUCUAUCUUUAGUGAGGAUGAGGAUGUUCAAUCUUUGUGUCGAAGUUGUAAAUACCUAUUUGUUAUGGUUUCCUCAUUAAAGAGAGAAGAGUAUGUGAGAUAAGCUCAGCUCUUCUAAAGCACCUGUCAACCCUAGCCCGGUGUUUCAAGCCUAUGUUUAACCACCACCUCACCCACAUAGGAGUGUCCUAGCUAUGUUUGUCCACAGUCACAGUCACUUUAAAAAAAAUGAAUUUAAUUUAGCCCAGGGCACUGUCAAACAGACUUGGGUUAAAAAUCUCAAAUCAGUUCAAAUACCUCAUCCGUGCUUGAUUGAGCUUGUUUGUUGAAUGCACCAAUACAAAAGUCCCAAAAUUGCAAACCACACCCAUCUGGCACUUCAGGCAGGCUAGAGAAAACACUCAGAGUAUUUGAAAGACGUCAAAUAGUAUUCAAAUAGUAUUUGAACCCAGGUCUGUCGCCGGUAAAGCCUGCAUGACUGCACUGUCAUACUAUGACAGUGGAAUCAACCUCCCCCCCAAAAAAUAAAUUCAGAUGCCAGAUUAAUAAACAAGUCCACUCACAUUCCAAGUAGGGUCACAUCUGGAGGUGUCUCUGACACGUCUUUGAUGUCUUCACCAGUUCCCCUUGAAAUCUGAAAUGGUUUGUGCAGUAACACAUUAGUGUUAAAUCACCUAUUUGUAAUGUAUUGAUCAUGUUAUCUACUUAUUUGAACAUACAGUAGCAGCUAUUCAGUGGGUAUUUAACUUUGAACUUGUGAAUAUUUACAAAACACCUGUACGCACUAAUCAUAAUUGAGUUUUCCCUGUAUCCUCUCUCUUUUAUUACUCAAAAUACUAUUAUUAUUCAGUAUUACUACUCUCGUUAAAAUGUAUAUAAAAAGGAACCUACAGGUGUUUUUAUGAGAAGGACAAGCGGCUUUAGUGUCUUUGCUUGGUGUUUGCACAUGUAGUUGAGACUGAGAUGUCAUUCAAAUGAAUUGUUCAGAUUGUUCUAGUUCCAGGUACACAGCAUGAGAAUGUUGACAGUCAGCAUUCCAUAGUUUAAUGCUCUUGUGGUCAUACCAGAGAUAGUACAUUUACUUUCUACCAUAUCUGGUCAUAACAUGACAAUAAGGAUGAGUGUGGUGGUGGCAGAGUAGACUAAGUGGCAGCUAAACCAGUUUGAUUGCAGAAACCAUUCUUGAAAUUGGAUUGUUAUGUCAAUUAUGUUCAUUUUCUUUGCUAAUUCAAAAUAUGUCUAGAUUGAACUGUCACAUUCAAAUCCAAGGCAGCAUUUUAAUGGUUUUAACUUCUCUGAUAACACCUGGGAAAUUUUGUGACACAGUAAAAGUAUAACUACUUCCGAAUGUAAAAAAACGCAUGCUACAUACAGUCUAAGAGAAAUGUUAUAGUUCAUUUAUGUUUAAUAUGAUGUUUCUGUUCUACUCUGUAUUUGAUGUAAAUAGUCAGAAGUGGUAUAGAGUAAUGGGAGAGAUAUAUUUCUCCAUUUGUAAUAGAUUUGUAGAAAGUCGAUCUAUUUUGAAAGAGCAGUGUAUAUUUGAUAGCCAAAUUAAGCUAUAUGUAAAAGCCUAUUCAUGGUGAGUUUAUAUUGAUAAUUGUUUUCCAUACUUAUGUUUGGUUGAGUAAUCACUGGAUGCAUAUAGAGGUUUUUCUUCUUUCUUAUUUGCCAGUAUAAGUAUGCUAUCGCUAAAAAUAAACAACCCACCAAAAGCAA